UUGCAUUAUUGAAUAGCGGUUCACAUGUGCUAGGCUAACUGUGACAGUCCUGUUCGUAGUGAGACAUGGCUCUGCAACGGCUGGGAUGUACGGCGUGUACCUGUCUUCAAAGACAGUUCGUGCGACAGGGAUAUUCUUGGCAAGCUAUUUCUUCAAAGAGGAGAGCUCACAAACUCAUCAACCCAGAGUUUCCUGACAAUCGGUUUUCAACUGUGUACAGAGAUAUACAUGGGUCGGUUGAGGAUUCAUCCACUGCCAGAGACUUUAUUUUUGCUCUGAAGCCUCAUGAAAGAUCUCUACUAUUUAACGAACUGAAGAGUUUUGAAAGUGAAAACGAAAGUACCGCAGGUACCACUGAAGUGCAUCCACCAACAUCAGGACAACUGAAGCGAGUAACGCUCCACAAUGCGAUUCCAUUUAUUGGUUUUGGUUUCUUGGACAACUUCAUCAUGAUCAUGGCUGGGGAAUACAUUGACACCUACUUCGGGGCUGUACUUGGUAUAUCUACCAUGGCAGCGGCGGCCCUGGGAAACUGGCUGUCAGACCUGGCUGGAGUUGGGACUGCCCACUAUGUAGAGUAUGUGUUCAGCAAAUUUGGAGUGAGGUCCCCGACUUUACUUCCUGAACAGGUGGACAUGAAGCAAACAAGAUGGGCUUCUAAUGUAGGACGAGCCGUGGGGAUCAGUAUCGGCUGUAUAUUAGGAAUGUUCCCGUUACUAUUUCUGAAAGGACGUGAGGAUGAGGAAGAGGACAAGUCCUAGUAAAAACUGUAAAAUUAGGAUAUUCUAAUUUUUAUAUAGACAGUGCAAUAGAUUUGUUUGUUGUUACGAAGCCAAACUGAAAUCUACGGUCAUUUGGUCUGUCGAUGUCUAGUUAUCUUUUUUUGUGGGGUAUUUAACAGUGGAAUUUUAUCGUAAUCAGACAACAGAUUUUCUAGGAAACUAUCCAGAAUAAAGACACAUGUAUUCCAUUGCAUUUGUCAGAAAAAAAGAUGUUUGUUCAAAGAACGAUUAUUGAAGUGAGAUAUUUUUUGUACAUCUUUUUAAAGCUGAAAGCAAAAUGUUGAGGAAGGGAGAUUCUGACUUGACAUGGGGUAACUGUAUUGUACUGCAAUUGUGCUGUUUUAUACAAGGUUGAUAACACAAACCCAGAUUGUAUUGUAAGUGUACAUCCCGGUCUGAAAUGAAGAACAUAAUAGUUAUAUUUCUAUGGUAACUAGUGUGUUUGUUUUUUUUUUAACUAUUUCACCAUUUUUCCACUGGAUGGAAAUUUUAUUGUGUAUAUUUUUAUAUCCUAGCUGGUGACUAUAUCACUGAAGGUCAUGGCUUUGAAAAUUGGAUGCCUUUUACAUCUGUUCAGUUUUUUUUAUUUCUUAUCUUUUUAAAUAUUAUUUUUAGAAAUUGUCCUUACUGUGCUUUUCCAAUUAUUUCUUAAGCUUGGAUACCUUUGAUAAUACCAGCUUAUAGCCUAAAUAUUUUAUAUUCCCACCAUUUGACCAGUCAUACCUUUGACAUCAGACAUGGCUAGGGAAUUUUACUGAGGGAUACACAAUAGAGUGCACUUUGAAAUAUAACACUGCCAUUUCACUGGCCAUGUCUUGGUAUCACAUAUAAAAAGUUUGAUUCUAUUCAAUUGUUUCUUUUUUCUUGAAGUGCAACAACAGAUUACAUGGAUAUGAACAAGACAUGUAUCUAUGAUCCAUUCCAUCUCAUCUACCUCUAGCACAACAGCAUUGCCCAUAAUCACAUUCACUGCCCAUAUUUCACCUAGAUCCUACCCA